AUGACAGAUUCGCAGAUUGCUGAGAAAAGGGAGUUAGAAUUGGUAGAAAAAGUUGAAUUGCGUUUAGCUUUGUCAGAUACCCCAGAAAAAUUUGAAAAGAGCCUUAAUGUAUUCCUGGCACCAUUAUUAUUGAAAUUAGCAUCACCCUUCGAUUCAGUGAGAAAUGCCGUCUUCAACUCACUAAAACACGUUCUUUCCAGAGUUUCAUCCUUAAAAGAAAUGAAGUUGCCAAUUAAAGCUCUAUUGGAACAAGCUAAACUGCCCUCAUUACCCGCGGAAUUAUUGAAGAAUUCUGACAAUGUUAGACUCUAUAGUUUGCUCUUAGCAUCGAAAGGUGUCGACAGGAUAUCGGGGGUUGAAAGAAAAGAACUGGUGCCUACUGUUAUGGAAAAUAUCUCUUCUUUACCUACAUCAAUUUCCUCCAGAUUAUUCAACAUUCUUUGCAAAUUGAUGUUGACGUGGGUACCUCCAUUAAAGGGCACUCAAGAAGAACAACAAAUGAUUAAAUUUUUGGAAAUAAAAAAUCAAGACGAUCUAAACUUCCUGCUAGAUAAGUUCACAAAAUUCUUUUUACUCAAUCCUGCAAGACCAAUUGAUGCCGAAUCAAACGGUGGUAUAAUUCCUAGAGGUUAUACAUGUCCCGGUUUAUCUCCAGAUGAUGUUGCCUUUUUCACUUACAAUGCAGGUGUUUCUUUUACAAAAGAACAAAUUAUGACAUAUAGACAGGCUAUUUAUAGAUUUGUUUGUAAUGGCUUUGUUCCAGAUGAUCAGUUAUUGCUAAAGUUUCUGUCGGUUGUGUCUACAGAUCCUAGCUCACUCUCUGACUCGGCAACGCAACAUUUAAAAAGAUUAAGAACACCAUACGAGGAUCAGGACUUUAUUUCAUAUUUAAUAUCAUUAUACAUAGGUAAUCAGGCUACUGGAACUCCUCCUGUCCAGCAUACUCUGCAAGAAAAGAUCUUGACAGUAUUGAACAGCAGCAUCCUUGCAACUACUGACGCAAACAAAGUUUCACUAAUUUGCUCAAUCGGUCUUCACUCAACUCACUACAAAUUGAGGUCCCUUUGUCUUUCUUUUAUUCAACACGUUGCGAAACAUAACCAUCAUAAUUUAUUGAAGGCUAAUAAUAGCAGUGAAGGUGUCCAAACAAGUAUUGCAUCUUUGAUCAGAAAUAAUCUAUAUUCUGAAGGUUGGCCGAAACUGCAGCUCGGGUCAUCUACUCCCACGUUUAGCACAGCACUCUUACAAAGAAGAAUGCAAUAUGAAACCUUAGGUGCAAUCAUAAAAAAAGAAUUUAGUUUAAUAGAAGACUUAUCGUAUAUUGAUUUCUUAUUUGAUUCUUUGAAAGGCGACAUGUCUGAAUUUCGUCCUAGUAUUCAAGAAGCUCUACUGUCAGCAAUACCGCACCUGGCACAGUUACCAAUCGAAUCCAAGCAGAAGCUAAAAAAAUUACUUAGAUCUCAACUAAAUGAUGACUAUGACUUAGAUAAUCCCUCUGAGGGAGAAUCUAGAGAUACAUUGAUGUCCGUUAGGUACAUAUCUAUAAAGUAUGCAAAUGCUGCAUUUAAUUUUGAUGAUGCAGAGGCACGUAUGCUUAAUAUAUGGGGAACAUCGCGCGACAAUAGAUUCGAUAUUGUAGAAGAAGCUGUAAAGGGUCUACAUCCAUAUUGGUUUAGAGUAAAUCAGGCUUCAAACUCUUCGAAAUUCGUUACUACCGCAGAACGUCUAGCAUCUGAAGUGAGAGAAACACAAUUCCCGAAAUUUAGUCAAUUCAUAAAGCUCUUGUUAGAUGAAGUGAAUAGUGCAAAAUCAAAUUCAACAUCAGUCACACGGUCUACAUUAAAUUUUGCUGUAAGGUUUGCCAGACAAUGUUUGGUCUCUCAAGCAAUAUAUGGCGAAACAACUAUUAUUAUACAAGAUGAGGACUGGUCUACUAGAAUAGAAAAAGCAGUACAGGUUGAUGACAAUGUUAGAAGAUUACUCAGCUCAAUGUUGUCAAACUAUGGCGAUGAUUCUUACUCAGAAUUUCUCCAAGUCCUUUGCUGCGAAUUCAUUACGAAGGACUAUAGUGGAAAUAUAAUUUCCAUUUCGAAAUACCAUGAUAACGUGUUUGGAGAAGUUUUUCGAAAUUUACUGAUGUUUAGCAAUAAGGCAGUUUUAAAAACCUUAGAAGAUUCUAUUCCGAAUCUCUUCGCACUUUUGCAAAAGAUCGAGGUUACAAGUAAUUAUGAUAUUGAACUUGCGGGAAAUGCAAUUGGGAUAAUUGCCACAAGUGUGCCAUAUACUGAAAGUAUUAAUAUGAUUAUCUCUCACUUGAAACCUGAAAGUGAUCCCGAUCUUUCUGUACCAUAUCUAUAUGCUGGUGCGUUUAUUUCAAGCAGGUUAUAUAUUACUGGAUCUUUGAAAUCGGUUGUGACUAUCGACCAACUGAAUUAUUUACUUGAUUCAGCUCUUAAACAUGUCAAAGGGGUCAAGUAUAGGUAUUUCGGGAUGAAGGCUUUGGGAGAAUUGUUCAAGUAUGGGCUCCUGUCUGAGUUGUCAAAAAUUAGGCGCUCUGAGGUCAUCUCUCAAUUUUCGAGUUCAUUUGACAACAGAUUACUGAAUGACGAUCUUGUAACUGAAACAUGGAGCUACUUAGCAUUAUAUGCUGACGAACUGGAUCUUUUUGAAACCUUUUUGAAUAAACUUUUUGAAACACACACAUCAAAGGAAGUAGAGUAUCUCUUCACUGUGGGUGAAUCUCUUUCCGUUUUAGCUGGUGGUUGGCAAAGCUCAUUUUUGCAAAAGCAAAUAGACAUUUUAGGGCUUUCACCUAAAGAAACCCCAUUUAUUGCUUUUUAUUCAAGUAGUUCAAAGACUAAUAUGGUACUUGAGAAGGUCCUUACCGCCUGUGAUUCUACCAAGCCUAGUCUACGUAGAGCAUCCUGCAUAUGGCUUCUUUCCAUGGUUCAGUUUUUGAAAACAGAACCUAUUUUAGCGCGAUGUAAAGAGAUUCACUUUAAAUUCAUGAAAUUCUUACCAGAUAAUGACCAGUUUAUUCAAGAAUCUGCAGCUCGUGGUUUAAGUUUAAUAUAUGAACUAGGUAAUCAUGAUUUGAAGGAGGAAAUGAUCAAAGGGUUACUAAAAUCGUUUACCAAUUCCACAAACGCUAUCUCAAUGAAUUCAGGUUCGGUUGAAAGCAGUACGCAACUAUUCGAACCUGGAACGCUGAAUACCGGUGAUGACUCAAUAAGUACUUAUAAAGAUAUAUUGAAUCUUGCAUCUGAAGUGGGUGAUCCUUCGCUUGUUUAUAAAUUUAUGUCACUAGCAAAACACUCCUCUUUGUGGUCUUCCAGAAAAGGUAUAGCAUUUGGGUUAGGUGCCAUCAUGUCAAAAUCCUCCUUAGAAAAGCUUCUACUGGAGGAUACAAAUUCGGCAAAGAAACUAAUCCCAAAAUUGUUUAGAUACAGGUUUGAUCCAUAUUCAUCUGUGGCAAACUCCAUGAACGACAUUUGGAAUACUUUAGUUACAGAUUCUUCCUCUACAAUAAAUGUCUUUUUUGAAGAUAUUCUGCAAGAGCUGUUGUCAGGAAUGUCAAACAAAGAAUGGAGAGUGCGUGAAGCAAGUACUGCCGCCUUAUUGCAGUUGAUUCAGACACAACCUGAAGAUAAAUUUUCAGACAAUAUUUUAGACAUCUGGACUAUGGGUUUCAGAACAAUGGACGAUAUAAAAGAAAGUGUUCGAGAAGUGGGUACAAAAUUCACUACUGUUCUUGCAAAAAUUCUAGUGCGUUCUAUCGAUUCCAGUAAAAGAGUAAGUGCAGAAAAAUCAACAAAAAUUUUGGGCACGAUUUUACCAUUUUUCUUAGGUACUAAAGGGUUAAACAGUGAUGCUGACGAUGUUAGAAAGUUUGCAUUAACGACCUUGAUUGAUUUAAUUAAAAAUACCGGCAAAGCAUUGAAGCCUUUCGCACCUCAACUUAUAUUUGAAUUCACAUCCUUAUUUUCUUCGAUCGAACCACAAGUAAUCAAUUACCUUGCCUUAAAUGCUGAAAAUUAUAAGAUAGAUGCCAAUGUAAUUGAUAUGCAUAGAAGAAAUGGCGUUACUUCCUCGCCGUUAUUUAAUGCUAUUGAAAGCUUACUAUCCCUUACGGAUGAAAGUGAUUUGAAAGAACUCGUCGAUCAUGUGAUCAAGGCUAUUAAGAAAUCAAUUGGACUGCCAUCAAAAGUAGCUGCAUCCCAAGUCCUUAUCCUUCUGAUAAAAAAAUUUGGAGAUUCGUUGAAAGAUUAUAGUGGAAAAUUACUGAAAACAUGCAUGAAUGUGUUAGAUGACCGGAAUGAAUCUAUCUGUUUAUCCUAUGCAUUAGCAUUCGGAUAUAUUUUUAAGGUGGCCACAAUAGAAAAGAGUGUGAAAUACUGUAAGAAGUUGACAGAGAGAUAUUUCAGUACUGACAGUGAUUCUGCUGCUAGAAAAAUAGUAGGACUUGCAAUUGAAUCUAUUCAUAAUAACUCAUAUUCUCAAUUUGAGUCAAUCUCUACGAUAUUGAUGCCAUUAGUUUUCGUUGCAUCAAAUGACAUCACUGAGGAGAAUAGUGCUCUUUAUAGCAAAAUAUGGACAGAGGCUUCAUCGUCAGGUUCAGGGACGGUAAAGUUAUACCUAGAGGAAAUUUUAAAUAUUCUCUCGACAAACAUUAGGUCUCUUGAUUUUACAGUCAGAAGAACGUGUGCAAAUGCGAUUUCUAAUUUAUGUGGCAAAAUUGAUAGAUCGGUUUCCAAAGAUCGAACACGUAAAUUGUUUGAUAUAACCAUUGAGGCAUUGGAAGGUAGAUCAUGGGAAGGUAAGGAAAUGAUUGUAGAUGCACUAGUUUCGGCUGUUAACACCUUCAAAGAGUUCCUUGAAAACGAGAACGACUUAAGAUCUCGAAUCGACAAAGCUCUAGUAACCGAAUCUUCGAGAAAUAAUAGCAAAUAUACUACAAAAGUUCUCUUUUCUUAUUCCAGAUACCUAUCAAUCUUUCCAAAUGAAAGUUUGAUUAACGAAUCGUUAAUUCCCAUAACUAAGUCAAUUUUUAAAGAUAUCGAAAUUCAAAAUGGAGAAUUAAGUGGAAACGAUGAGAAUAAUGAAAAAAUAUCCAAGAAGAUAAAGCCAAAUGAAGACAUAAAUAGAAAAUCAUCGAGAAAGAACAUUGAAAACGAGGAGUAUAUUAUAGAAGUAUUGAAAGCACAUGCCGCAAUUGCUUGUGGAAACAUCGAAUUAUAUUAUUUCAUCCUCGACUCUGUAUUGAAUUUAUUCGAUAGCAGUAUGAUCAUAUAUACAUGGAGGAGUCAAUCGGCAUGCAGUCGAAUUGGUACUGAUGUACUAGACAAACUACCUUUGACAGAUGCUAAUGCUGAAAGUAAGCUUAAGGCCUAUUGGACUACCUGCUAUAAUAUUAACUGCAGAAAAGAGGCUACUGAAAAUGUCAAACUAGAAUUUAUCAAGUUUUCAAUGAAAUUGGCCAGGAAAAUUCCAAGUUUGAGAGCAGAAGUUGAGGAAGGUAUGAGUAGGUUAGCUCAGCUUGACCCUACCGCUAGGAUCGAGUUAGAACUGAAAAAUUUUGGUUUAUAA